AAAUAUUUUAAAUAUAUAUAAAAAAAUAUUCAAUCAGUUGUUAUUAGAAAACUGUUUGAUAAAUAUGAUUUUGGCAGCACGUAAGCAUCUCUUUGCUACCAACAUCAUUUUCUUUUUCAUCAUCUAUGUCGUACAGAAGUUUAUACAAGUUUUCUGUAUAAUUGAAGAGAAGGCCUGCAAUAAUGACAAUUGCUCUGCCAACAACAUUUGUAACGAUCGCUGUAAACCGAACACUGUCUCAGUUCCUUUGACAGCAGCGCCCUCUAUAAUUUCGCCACCUCAGUCGCCUAAACCCCAAGUGAAAGGUCUUCGUCUGAUACCAUUGGCCAUGCGCAAAACUAUGCGCAAUUUCGGUUACGGUGAGGGUCACUAUCAAAUGUUCGUCGAAGAGAAACAACGUAAACAACACACCUCGAAAGCCCGCUUAAAUGCGGCCGUUGCUGAAGUUAAACUCAAUCCUAAUUAGUUUCAGUGGGGGAAGCCCCGAAAUAAACAAACGUUUGGUCAUUUAAUACAGAACGAAUGUUUGACAAUUUUACU